AUGCAGUCUCCCGCUACUUCUUUCUUUCUUUCUUUCUUUCUUUCUUUCUUUCUUUCUUUCUUUCUUUUUCUUUCUUUCUUUCGCUUUUCUUUCUUUCUUUCUUUCUUUCUUUCUUUCUUUCUUUCUUUCUUUCUUUCUUUCCGACCUUCUCCUUUCCAUAUUUUCCUCCAUUCUAUUCUUUCUUUCUUUCUUUCUUUCUUUCUUUCUUUCUUUCUUUCUUUCUUUCUUUCUUUUCCUCUCCUUUGUUUUAUUUAUUGCAAAGAUUCCUUAUUUUCUUUCCCAGACGCACAUAUAUCCACACAUAUAAACACAGCAGCAUCUUUCCUUGCCGUUUCUAUCUAUUACCAUAACCUUUUACCAUCCCGUCUUACCUCCCCUCAACGAUUUUUGCCACUAGAUCAGAAGCAGGCAGGUCGCUUACACAUUCUCAGCCAGACAAUUCCCACCCUUCUCGUUUGGAAUGCGAAACGUAGUUAA